GACUCCGGCUGGCUGCCCGCAGCUCCAGGCUCCCGGUCGGUCGCGGCUGCAAGUCCGGCGGCGGAGGCGGCAGCCCCGGCCGGCGGGCCGGCGAAAAUGAUCCUCUGCCCCCCGAGCACGGAGCCCCCCCGCGGAAAGCUGUGUCAGAGGCUGCAGCUGACCAAGAUGAGCACCGGUGACAAGGAGAGGCCUCCCCAACUGCUCUUUGUGAAAGCCUUGGCCAGCAGGGGGCGGAUCGAGGCCAUUGCCCAGCAGAUGGGCUAUCACCCGCACUACCUGGACAGCUUCCUCCGGAUGCAGCACUACCUGCUGCACAUGGAUGGGCCGCUGCCCUUCGACUGCCGCCACUUCAUCGCCAUCAUGGCAGCUGCCCGGCAUCGGUGUCGGUACUUGGUGAAUCUUCACGUGCUGCAGUUCCUGCGGGUGGGUGGUGACCCCCUGUGGCUGAGAGGGCUGGACUACGUCCCCCCCAAACUCCGCCGGCUCAGCGAGAUCAACAAGGUCUUGGCCCACCGCCCCUGGCUGGUUUGCAAGGAGCACAUUGAGAAGCUGCUGAAGAUCAGCGAGCAGAGCUGGUCGCUGGCUGAGCUGGUCCACGCAGUUGUGCUUCUCGCCCACUACCACGCUCUGGCCAGCUUUGCCUUUGGCUGCGGCUGCGAGCAGGAUGUCGGCCCGGAGGGACGCGGCACGCUGAAGCUGGGUCUCCCCGGGAGCGUCUGCUUCUGCGACGUUGGCAACGGUUGCAGCCAGGAGCUGCUGCACCUGAACCGCAAGCGGUCCUUGGAUUCCUGCGUGGAGCUGGAGACACUCCGGGAGCGCGUUCACCGGCUGCAGGUGGGGAGUGAGGCCCGGGAAGAGCUGAGGAUGCCCGCCGAGCGGGAGGAAGAGCUCCCCUCCUGCUCGCACACAGCCACUCUCUCCUCUCUGUGGAAGCCCUUUGCUGCACGGGUCUGUCUUCCAGGCUUCGAUGGGGAAUCCUCUGGUGCUGCAGAUCUCUCCUGCUACGUGCUGGACCCCAGCUUUGGCUACCAGGAGUUUGCACCGUGCAACGAGGACCAGCCCCAGGUCUUCCGUGUGCAGGAUUACUCCUGGGAGGACCACGGGUUCUCGCUGGUGAAUCGGCUGUACUCUGACAUCGGGCAUCUGCUGGACGAGAAGUUCCGCCAGGUCGACGGCCUCCACGGCUGCUCCAUGGCCAAGCGGCAGGGAUGCGACCACGCUGCCUUCAAGCGAGGCGUCUGGAACUACGUGCACUGCAUGUUUGGCAUCAGAUACGAUGAUUACGACUAUGCAGAGGUCAACCAUCUCCUGGAGCGGAUUCUGAAGCUGUACAUCAAAACUGUGACUUGCUCUCCAGAGACGGUGGAUCCCCAGAUGUUUGAGCGCUUCUGGCGGCAGUUCAAGCACAGCGAAAAGGUCCACGUGAAUCUGCUCAUCCUGGAGGCCCGGCUGCAGGCAGAGCUGCUCUACGCCCUCCGUGCCAUCACGCACUACAUGGUCUCCUAGGGCAGCGGGGGCAGCCUGGACUUGGACACCUGCAUGCUGGCAGUGUCCCCCCGUUUACUUGACACCCCCCUUUUCCCUCCAAGAUGUGAAAAGUGGCAUCAUCCCUCCUGCCUCCUCCCUUGCGCGCAGUUGCUGAACGACGGGUCUGCCAGGAGAAGCCCGAGGGCUGGUGGGCAGCGUGGCCGUGGCAAGCCAGGCGUGGCUUCUGCUCUUCUGCAGGUUGUGGGUGUCUGUGGAAGGAAGGGAGCCGUGAGGGACACAGAUCGUACUUGUGUGGGGGGUGUCGCUCCCGUUUCUUCCUCGGUCAACCCCAGCACGCCUGUUCUGUCUCUGACUGUGUGGUAGAGGGGGCUCUCCUGUCUCGUGCCAUUCCUGCUGCUCGUGAACCCCAACCAGCCUGUCCUUGGAGGUGGGGAA